CAUCAUCUUCUUCCCAUAAAAAAGUACUUCAGCUAAGGCAUCUCCUUCUUCUUCUUAUUUUUCAGCAGAAGAAGAAUGUAGCUUCAAGGGAACUGGACGAGUGGAACUUAUGAAAAAUGAGAUCAAGAACAAUGCCUCCUUUUCUGUGAAUGGUCCUAGGGAGCUUUGGCCUAGUGUAUCCAACUAUGCCCUCCAAGUCUCCUCAUCAGAUGAUAAGAAGUCACCUGUGGCUUUCCUAUAUUUUCUUGAUUCUGGCGGUGGUUCCUAUCCUGAAGUCAUUUCCAGUGGCCAAGCAGAAUGGUUCCAGAAGAAAGCUCAAGACAUGAACCCCGAGUCAAGGGUUCCUGAGAUUAUUUUCUGGCACAUACCAACUAAAGCCUAUAAAGAGGUGGCUCCCAAGUCCACAAUAGCCAAACCUUGCGUGGGUUCUAUCAACAAAGAAGAGGUUGCUGCUCAAGAAACUGAAACGGGUAUCAUGAAACUCCUUGGGGAAAGAACUUCUGUCAAGGCAAUAUUUGUUGGACACAACCACGGAUUGGACUGGUGCUGCCCAUACAAGAGACUAUGGCUGUGCUAUGCCAGGCACACCGGGUAUGGCGGCUAUGGAAAUUGGCCUAGAGGGGCUAGAAUUGUGGAAAUCUCUGAGAAACCCUUCUCUCUUCGAUCUUGGAUAAGGAUGGAGGAUGGCAAUGUUCAUAGUGAAGUUGUCCUGAGCUAGACGUCCUGGCAAUAUCUUGAUAAAAGAGAAAACACACAAAAAUAGAGUAAAUGUUCUUGUGCGUUUGUUGCACUUAUAUUUAUCUUCAACUAGGUUUUUCAUUCUUUAAACAACAAUAACAAAUGGGGAUGCAGAUAAUAUUAAUACACCUUUCUCGA